AUGGAGGUGGAUAAUGCGCCCGCAGCUCUAGGCAGCCAGAUCUCGCUGAACAUCCUGCAGACCAUCCGCACGGCCCAGACGCAAAACGGUCUUAAGCACGGCGACUACGGACGCUACAGGAUCUACUGUGCCCGUCGCCUGCGGUCGCUGUACAAGGCGCUGAAGUUCCAGCAUGGCAAGGGCCGCUACCAGAAGAGGAAGCUUGAGAUUGGCAUGAUCACCGAGGCCAGGUGGCUGCUGAUCCCGCUGGUCAGUGCGGAGCGCGCAUGGGCCCAGGGCAUGGAAAUCAAGAAGGACAACGAGGACAGGCCCCUGCAACACCGCCGCCACCACAGCAUCAGGCGCCUCACAAAGGCCAGCGCAUGGGCAGCAGAGCUGGCGCGCUUUGCAGCUGAAGUGUGCGACACGCGCAGUGCGCUGGAGGCUGAGGCCUACAGUGCGUGGAUGGCCGGCAACGUUCUGCUGGAGAAGGAGGUGGACUGGGGCCGCGCCCUGGCGCAUUUCGCGCGAGCAAAGAAGCUGUUUGGUGAGCUGGCCAAGGUGGGUGACCUGGACAGCCAGGGCCUCUGUGGCGCAAUGGUGGAGGAGAUCGAGCCCAGUAUCAGGUUCUGCGAUUACCAGAUCAAGCGCGGUGGGGGUGCUGCGUCGGACGCGGCCGACCUGCUGGCUGGCCUGGGCGGGGGCGAAGGCGACGGCGAGGGCGGCGCCCGGGGCCUGCUGCAGAGCAAGCUGGCGGCGCUGCAGGCUGAGGCCCAGGUGCAGCAGUCUGCGGCCACCAGCUCCUUUGAAUGGCGUGGGCAGAGCCACCCUGUGCGUGUUGCACUGCACUCGGCGCGGGAGCUGGCGGUGGCACUGGAGGCGAGCGGCGGCGAGGGCAUGGAGGUGGACGGCGGUGCAGAGGAGGGAGGCGGGGCUGAUGCGCGGCUGGCGGCAUUUGAUCGCGCCAUCAACGCCCUGGCGGAGGCACGUGCUGCGGUGCGAGCGCUUGCCAAGGCCAACGCUGCUGGCGACGGAGGGGGUGAGAGCGCCCUCGAGGAGCUGGCCGCGCUGGAGAAGGCCAUCAGCGGGGCGCUGCUGGAGCGCACACUGCAGCGUGGGGAGGAGCAGGUGGAGCGCGCGGAGGCGAGAUUUGAGGCGGCCAACGCGCGCGCUGCUGCAGGAAAGCGUGGUGCAGGGCGCCAGGAGCGCGGGGCCAAGCCAGAGGACCUGCUGCGCAUGCACGAGACGUUGAUGCACCACUGUGAGGAGCUGGGGGAGCUGGCAUCAAGCAUGGGGGGCCGCCAGGGAGAGGCACUCAGCGACGUCGCGGCGGCACGCGGCGCGGCCUACGCCGCCGGCAGGUGCUACUACGUGGCCCACACCUACCUCGCGGGGGACAAGCGCCCAGAGGCAGCGGCGCUGUUUGGCCGCUGCGCGGAGGGACGCGUGGAGGAAGCACGGGAGAAGCUUGAGGACCUGCCCAAGCUGGAGGCGGCCGCGCGCUCUGCCCUGCCCCGGCUGUCAGCGCUUGCUGCCAAGGCCAACGCCUGGAGGCUGGUGGCAGCGGCUGAAGCGGCGGCGGAGGCAGCGGCGGCGGGUGAGGACGCACGCCGCGGCAUCGCGGGGAUAGGGCUGGACACACAGGCCGGCGGCGGCACGCGCUACCUGUCAGAGGGGCUGGACACUUGGGAGGCCUACGGGGGCACGGGCAGCGGCAAGGGGGCACGCCUGUGUGCCGUGCCGUUCCCGCUGCAGGCGGCCCCGGGGCGGCCCAUCAUGCUGGACACCGCCGCGUCGGGGGUGGAGUACCCCUCACUCGCUCACCGCCUGCGCGCCAAAAAGGCCGCUGCCGCUGCCGCGAGCCAAGGCACAAGCACGUUUGCGCGCAUCUUUGGUUGGGGCACCAGCUCUGGGGGUGCCAAGUGA